UGUUACUCGUCUAGCGCUAAUAUUUGAACAUUUUUUCGCAAACCUUUUCAUUUAUAGUUAUCGUACAUUAAGAGUUGUGAGUUUUACAAUCAACGUUUGAAGUUAUCAUUCAUCUUUCCAGUCUUUCAGUAGUGUAGUGAGUGAAGUAGUGAAAUGAAGAAAAAACCAGCUGUUGUGUGAUAGAAUUUGCAGUCGGGUUACUCAAGCAUUAGACCUCAUUUAUAUUAUUAAUGAGGUAACUUCAUUACCCUUGAACUAAUUUUAAGGCGCAGUAUUAAGGUAAACCUAUUUCAUCGAAACGGCAAAGUAAGAGCAUUCUUAAUGGAAUAAGCUGAAAAUCAUUGGAGUUCCCAUCGCAGGCAUCCACUUAAUCAUUCAUCAGUUUCGGUUCUUAUCACUCUUUUGUUUGUAAACAUAGUAAGUGCGGCAGCCUAUCCACUGAAGUUACUGUCGUGAGAAUCGUUCUCGAUUUAUGAACGAGAGAAUUCCUGAUUUUGUACGCCAGAUUAGCUGCGAGUGCAGUUUUCCGCAAUCGAGAGAAAAAUGAGUGAGUUCAUAGCUGAUUCCGGUACAGACAUUGCCGGCUCAUCUGGAGACACUGCAUCCUACGGCGAAAGUGACAAUUUGUUAAACGACGUCAAACCCGUUGGAAGCGUCGAGAUGGCUGGCGCCAGUAAGGAACAAACGCCGGAAAAAGCCGAAAUCGAACAAGCAGCAGCCUGCGCCAGCGGCGACAGUAUUGGCUCUCUGCUGUACUCCUUUGCGAAGAAAGUUGUCACCGUGGGCAUCAUAUACUUCGUUGGCUACAUGGGAUGGUCAGUAGCGUGGUUGAUAACACCGGUAAUCUUGUCGGUCGCUCGCGACCAGUGGCGCACAAAGACCGAAACCCGUCGGAAUGUGGCAAAAGCAUCAGCGCUGGCGAACGAUAAGGAGGUUAUUCUGGCACGUCUGGGUGAUCUACCUGCUUGGGUUUUCUUCCCGGAUGUCGAACGUUGUGAAUGGCUAAAUAAGGUUCUGAAACAAGUAUGGCCCAACGCGAAUUUCUUCGCUAAGAACCUUAUCAAGGAGUCAAUCGAGCCAAACAUUCAACAGGCGCUGGCCGGCUACAAGCUCAAUGGCUUCAAAUUCGACCGCAUGAUACUUGGAACAAUUCCUCCCCGCAUUGGUGGCGUGAAAGUGUACGACAGGAACGUUUCGCGAAACGAAAUUAUUAUGGAUUUGGAUCUGUUCUAUGCCGGCGAUUGUGAUAUCAAUUUCUCGUUGAGUGGUCUGCGAGGAGGAAUUAAGGAUUUCCAGAUUCAUGGUACCGUGCGGGUAAUCAUGAAACCGCUAAUCGCCCAGAUGCCACUGGUCGGAGGCCUGCAGAUUUUCUUCCUCAACAAUCCAAACAUCGACUUCAACCUGGUUGGAGUGGUAGAUUUGCUCGAUAUGCCAGGGCUAAGCGAUAUACUGCGAAAAAUUAUUGUGGAACAGGUGGCAGCCAUUAUGGUGUUGCCAAACAAACUGCCAAUCAUUCUGAACGACACUGUCCCAGCACUUUCUCUCAAGAUGCCAGAGCCGGAGGGUGUUUUGCGAAUACACGUAGUCGAAGCCAAGGACCUGAUGAAGAAGGAUAUUAGCGUUUUAGGAAAGGGAAAAUCAGAUCCGUAUGCCAUUGUAUCGGUUGGAGCUCAACAGUUCCGUACACAAACUAUAGAUAACACAGUGAAUCCCAAGUGGGACUACUGGUGUGAGGCAUUUAUCCACGCGGAAAGUGGCCAACAAUUGCAGAUCGUACUCAAUGACAAGGACGCCGGUGACGACGAAUUGCUGGGAAGAGCUACGGUCGAGAUAAGCAGUGUCACCAAAAAUGGCGAAAUUGACACGUGGUUGACUCUUGAGCAAGCUAAGCAUGGUUUGGUUCAUCUACGAUUGACCUGGUUUGCAUUGAGUGCGACUAAGGCGGAUCUAAAAGCUGCCCUGGAAGAAACUCAGCUGCUGCGCGUGACGUCGAUGAGUACGGCCCUACUGACGGUGUUUAUCGAUUCCGCUAAAAGUUUGCCGCAAGCACGCCAGCAAAGCCAGCCUGAUCCUUAUCUGAUCUUAAGCGUUGGUAAAAAAUCCGAGCAAACCACAGCACAAAUGCGAACCGAUUCGCCAGUGUGGGAGCAGGGAUUCACCUUUUUGGUUGGCAAUCCGGACAAUGACACUCUACAGCUCAAAUUAAUCGACCAAAAGACUGGCAAUUCACUUGGAACACUUAUCUACAUCUUGAGCGCACUGAUGGAUAAACCAAAUCUGGAAGUUAUGUCGCAACCUUUCCAACUGCAAAAAUCGGGACCAGAAUCGAAAAUAAUUAUGUCACUAUCGUUGCGUAUUUUGAAACGAACCCGUUGUGAUACGCCAACUACUGAAGCUGUUUCCGAUAAGACAUCUACAUCCGAAGGUUACGGUGGAGAUAGCUCUCUAUCAAGAUCCAGUUCCGUACGCACUGCACCAGCAGUCGUUGCUGAUUCAACCACAUCGGAAACGGCUGUUAGCUCUUCUGUAAAGAAACAGGACUCUCGAAAAUCAACCUCUUCCGGAAUUAUUGAUCAAAUGUCCAUUCAGGAAGAGCCAUUCACCGUAUUGAAUACAGUAAUGAUGGCUACCCCGCCAAGAAGCCCCAAUCUUAGUGAGAAUGGAAAUGAGCUGUUGCGUCGUAGUCCAAGUACUACAUCCAGUGCUGGAUCGGCUGGUUUGGGUCGCAUCCAACUAACGAUUGCAUUCAGCGUACAGCGGCAACGGCUGCUAGUCAUCAUCCACAAAAUAAACAAUAUUCCGCUGAAAGACCCCAGCAAUAUUCCAGAUCCAUAUGUGAAACUCUAUCUGCUACCUGGGCGUACAAAGGAAUCUAAGCGCAAAACCAAUGUCGUAAAGGAUAAUUGCGAUCCUGUUUUCGAUGCCACAUUUGAUUACGUCAUUUCGAAUGCUGAACUGGUCAACUCGGAACUAGAGGUUACAGUGUGUACACAGAAAGGGUUCUUCGGAAGCCCUGUCAUUGGAAUGCAAAAAAUUUCUCUCAAUGAUGCGGAAAUUUCUUCAGCUCAGGGCUUGAAAGCGUGGUACGAUUUAUUGCCUGAAUCUAAAUUCGAAUAAAUAUUAUGAAACGAAACAAUUGUUAUUAUGCUCGUGAACUUAAAGUGUUUUAUGUUUGACUUUUAUAUAGUUUUUAUAGAUUGCAUAUUAUGGAUAUUUUCUGUUUAAAGAUUCUUAUUGUAGAUAAUAUACAUUGCAAAUAUGCACAUUUUAAUAACUCAAUCGUCCAUGAACAUUUAAAUCUCAACAAUUGUGACCAUUUUGAAGGGCUAAAAAUUCAAAACACUAGUUCAAUAGGAUAAGCACUCACGUAAAAGCAUAGAAAAAUAAAAUUUUUCACUCAUUUUCGAACUACAUGAUAAAGAAAAUUUUCAUAUUAACAAAUCGUGAGCCAUUGACACAGUAAUUUUACAGAAAAGUAUUGAAACAUGAACAAACACUGAUUGUCUCCGCAACGUGUCAAUUAGUAGAAACUCCGUAACGAACAAUUCGUAAAAAUUCAAACCAGAAUCCUGCAUUACAGCAGAGCAUAUGCUUUUUAGAAAAGCAUUCCGAUGGCCUUUAAGACUUGCGCUUGAUAUUAAAUAAUCUCACAAUACAACAUGAUAACAAAAUAAACGGCACAGAAUGAAACAAUAUGAAGCACCAGUAGAGAGCUUAACAUUUGAAAAUAUGGCACAAUCACAAAUUUUCAACAAAAGGAAAUAAAUACUCGGCACUAUCAAAUACGCAGACAUUGCUCGCAGUAAGGUAAUGUAUUUGCAAGAAAACUACUUUUUAUCUGAAUAUUAUUAUUCGAAAUUUACUUACAUACCAAAUGAGAGGAAACGCGAUAUAAAUCAACUGUU